AUGGAGACAUUUGGGGCCACCCAUAUGCAGGCACUGGCUGACCUGCUGUGUCCAGACGCCGAAGAGAACAGCAAUUUAGGGGAACCCCAGGCGGCGUCAGCACAAGGAAAACAGACAGAAAAAUAUAAGAGCAAAGCAAAACCUAACUUUAAAGUGAAGACGAAGGUCGGAAAGAAAGAAGAGUUUGAAAUUUGGAGUGAAAAAGAACUUGUUGAGGGUGCAACGUUUAAACAGCUGAAGGACAACCGCAUGGAACCUAAGUAUGAGGUAAACCCCAUACCUGUGGGCGCUGAAGAUGUCUACUUGGGCCUUAGUGACAAAGACCCUACCACUGACCACUGCGAGACUCUGCUGAUUAAAACCCUGGAAGAGCGCGUGGUUGUGGACUCCCCUCGCUACCGACUGAAUCUGCCGCUGCCUUAUGCAGGUUAG